AUGUAUCAUUCUGAGUUUGGUCGCCGUCUGCGCACGCAUUCAGCUGGGGCCAGCAGCUCCUCUCCCUCUUCAUCUCGUCAUCAAUUGCAGACCGCCGGUGAAUCAAGCGGAAGAGCUUCUCGCGCGCAUAAUAGACAGCACGACUUGGCCAGCAUCAGCGACCUGAGAAUUCAACCUCGAAGACCAUCCGCGCACGCCAGCUCAAGUCGGCUUGUCGAGGAUCCAGACUUGGGGGCGCAAAGUUCAGGAAUGAUUGGUUCGGGCAUUGCCACCGCUAUUGAAGAUAGUGGCAUCAGCAACGCACGCUCAUCGGCUACAACUUCAGAGCACCCAGGGACGCCAAAGAGGGCGAAGGCCAAGAUCACAGGUGACAGGUGAGAGAAGCAAGAGCUGCAAGGUGCGCAUAUAUGCGCUGUUGCUGAGUCGCAGUGAUGCCUACAGAUUCAUCCCGGCUCGAACUGGCACCGAUGUAACCACUGCGUAUCAGUUAGGUGUCCACGAAGCCGCGUCUAAGAAGCGGCAAAAGCGAAAGAUGGCAGUGGACAUGGAUGCUCAAAAAGGUGCGUCACAGUCUCUGGCUUCUGGGCACUACCUUUGGCCGGUCUGGGGUGCUGACUCUACGCUGUAUACCUCCUGCGCAGAAGAAGCCGACCACACUUUCUCAUCUCUGCUGACAACUGAGCUGCUUGGUCCAGGCGCGAGUGACCUGGUCGCCGGAAUUAAUGGUGCUCCGUUCGCGAACGGCGCUGGUCCGUCCCAUAGAGCUGGAGGCACCGGGCAGGUUACGGAUCACCCAGCUGGACCUACCACACCGAAGAAGAAGAACCUUCUUACAUACUCGCAUACACCCUCUCCUUCUUCGUCGCGAAGCUUAGGUACUCCUGGUCGGAGUGGAGGAUCGGAGCGCAUAGGGGCUUAUUCGGCAUCUGCAGGCGGACGCUCGAGCUCAGGCCUGUUCGGAGCUGCUUCAACUUCACCCACAAAGCGGGGUCAGGUCGCCUCGCUCGACUCUCCCCUUCACUCCGCGUACAGCCUGAGUCCAGUCAAUCUUGAGAGCCAGCGGAUGCUCCUGCACCCUCGAAAGCCGGCAAGAACGUUAAGCAAAGUCGCGUUCAAGGUAUUGGAUGCGCCCGAUCUGGCGGUGAGUUGGUCGGGUGCGCAAGCUGUCACCAGCAGGCGCAACAGCUGACCGCUUCCCCUCUGUCAUCGGCAGAACGACUUUUACCUCAAUCUGGUUGACUGGUCCCCGCUGAAUGUGCUCGCUGUUGCUCUCGGCCAAUGCGUGUACCUCUGGUCAGCCAAGACGUCUUCGGUCGUGAAGCUCGUUGAUCUGACGGAUGGCGAUGAUCGGAUCACAGGAUUGAACUGGUCCAACAACGUGAGUAUGCGAGGUGCUGAGCCGCGUGCUUGUGCCGAUGCUCCUGUCUGACACUCGUUCUUGCCGUUCCACCACGCAGGGCAAGUAUCUGUCGGUGGGCACUGAUCAAGGCGAAGUCCAGAUCUGGGAUGUGGAGCACGAGAGCAGGGUGCGAACAAUGUCGGGCCACCAGAAUCGGGUCGGUGCGCUGGCAUGGAACCUCGGACUGCUCUCAACCGGCUCGAGAGACAAGGUCAUCUACCACCGUGACACACGAGUUCCUGAGCACUGGGUCGCCGAGCUAAAAGCGCACAAGCAAGAAGUCUGCGGGCUGAAAUGGAACACGACUACCAACCAAUUGGCUAGCGGAGGAAACGAUAACAAGCUGCUUGUGUGGGACGGCAUGAGCACAGUUCCGUUGCAUCGCUUCGCUGAGCACACUGCCGCUGUCAAAGCUAUAGCUUGGAGCCCACAUCAACAAGGCCUACUGGCUUCCGGUGGAGGCACAGCAGAUAUGCGUAUCAGGUUCUGGAAUACGAUCACCGGCCAAAUGCUCUCGGAGACGGACACAGGAUCGCAGGUGUGCAAUCUUUCAUGGAGCAAGACAGCCAACGAGAUCAUCUCCACCCAUGGAUACUCGACCGGCAAAGUUCAGAACCAAAUUCAAGUCUGGAAGUAUCCUACCAUGUCGCAAGUGGCUACUCUCACAGGGCAUACCAUGCGCGUUCUCUAUCUCUCCAUGAGUCCGGACGGAGAAAGCAUCGUCACGGGCGCUGGAGACGAGACGCUUCGCUUCUGGGACUUGAACACUCCUACAAAGACACAGCUUGAAUCUCGCGCAUCCUCUUCCUCCUUGGAUCCAUUUCAGAAGCUGCGAUGA